AAAUCCUAUGCGCGCUCCUAAUCGAAACGGAGAAGACGGGGUGAGGUGAAAAGGCGCAAAUAUUUAGCCAUCUGUCUGUAAAAUAGUAAAUCUCAGAGCAAUAACUAGCCAUACAAUGUCCGAAGAAAAGCCAAAGGAAGGAGUAAAGACUGAGAACGACCACAUCAACCUGAAGGUUGCAGGUCAAGAUGGGUCAGUCGUCCAGUUUAAAAUUAAAAGGCACACUCCUCUCAGCAAGCUGAUGAAAGCAUACUGUGAAAGACAGGGUUUGUCAAUUAGACAGAUACGGUUUAGGUUUGACGGACAGCCAAUCAAUGAAACAGACACACCUGCACAGCUUGAGAUGGAAGACGAGGAUACUAUUGAUGUAUUUCAACAACAGACCGGAGGCUCCUCUUAAAUGUGUAUAGACCAAACAUCCCCCGUCCCUGAGGCAGCCACACUUAAAGAGCAGCAUCCACUCAACUACUUGUUUUAAGUUUUUUUUUUUUUUUUUAAAUCUUUAAACUUCAUAUUUUGUUUGUGAUCAGGCCCCACCCCCUCACCAAUCCCUAACCCUGCUAGAAUUUGAGGGGAGGCGGGCUUCUAUAGUCUCCAAUAGAAUACCUUCAUGUCAAGACUGACGGGUAACUUAACUGUGUUUUGAUUGGCUACUCCUCUCCUGAAGUGUGCAUGUGUGUACUCCCCUCGUGUGUGUGGAAGUGUUAUAUGGUUGCAAGCUUGGCUGACGUGCUUAUACCCACAUGGUCUGGGGCGGUUUAAUUCACACGCCUGAGCUACAUGACGAGUGGGAGUCCUCUGCCAUCAGUCCCUUAUUUGUGGUUCAUAUUCAUGCCGAUAACUGACUGAACGGUUGGUCAUGUUGUGGGGGAUGUGUUUAUGGUUCAUAUACAGGGGAACAGUAAUCCACUAUAUGGGAAGGUCUGAAAAUCAUUCUAGUCCUUUUCCAGAUGACACCCUGUUCCCCUUAGUGCGCACUUCUCUGAACUGGUGCCCUGUUUAGGAACAGGGGGUCAUUUGUGGUGUGUGUUUAAUCUACCCCCCGAAUGAGGGACUUUCACACUGUUGGACAGGUCUCAUACAUGCUUUAUUCUGUCCUAUUUUUAAGUAAAUUUUGCUAAAUGUGGUCCAACUGGUAAAUUCUCAUUUGAACCUUUAUGGAUAGAUCUGGUAGGUGGCUGUGCUCUUCCUGGGGUGCCUCUGGCCAUUAGAGGGUUGAUGGCUGUUUGGACCAAAUGCUGACUGUACUGUGUUACCAGAAAUGUCUUGGGAAUGUGAUUUGAAAAGGGUCAGGUUUCAGGUCUAUUUUAACGUCUCUUGAAGAAAGGAACAACUUGCCGUUCUAAUGUGUUUUUGUCUUGUCCCCAUGCCCACAGACUGAAGGGGGAGUAGUUGAGCUGUACUUUGUUUAUUUCUCCUGCUUCUUACCCAGCCCACUGCAUCACUGAUAUUUUAUGACAAAAUAAAAGGGAAUCCACCCUGACUUCAACAACCUUUUGACUUUUUUUUUUUCUCAGCUAUAUUGAAUAAACCUUCAUAAACUUCCCACCUGCAUUUGAAGUCAUUAAUGAAGUUCUGCAGUGUGUGGACUUGAGUAGGUAACCAGGUCAACUGAUCUUGCUGGUUCUCUAGUGAUUUGUACAUUAUUUGUUGUCCUUUUACUACUGUAUACAAUAAAUAUAGUUUGAUACUCA